AUGACUCGACCUGUCCGGAAACGAGGUCGGAAGCCAACGGUGCCAACUGGGAAGAACAACGACCGGAAGCAGACCGAGAAUGAGAGCUCUGACUUCAGGUCUCCGCAUUGCAUCCGUCGCUUGAUAGACAUCUACCGAGAUACAAUUUUUCCAUUCCUUUCCGAGAAUGACCUGGAAAGACGGUGGGCAGACAACAUACCCAGUACAAAUGAGACAGCGUACAUGCUUCUCAUGGCAUUAUGUGCACUGAGCGCCCAGAGUCUCACCCUCAAAGCGGUAUUCGAUAAUGAAUUACUGGGCGACGUCGACUCGCAUGACAGCGGUAUCUAUUUCGACGAGGCUGUCUCCCAUAUUCCAGCGCGAAUUCCGGAUACACCCGAUCUUGACUACCUAAGGUCAUUCGGCCUUUUGGCUGUGUAUUCACUUCGAAGUGGUAACAAGAGUGACCUUCACAGAUACCUCGGAUUAUGCCAUGCAUGGAUCGCUCAACAUGGGUUCAACAUGGAGAAUAACUGGGACAGCUCUAUCUCUCUACUAGAAGUAGAUGACAGAAGACGUCUCUUUUGGUGCGUCUAUCGGCUUGAGAUUCAUUCAGCCUGCGUACUUGGACACAUUAUCCGUCUCCCUGAAGCUCAGGUCUCCGUGCUCUACCCUCGUAUCACACCUGCUAUGAGUCGCGAUACGCAGGUCUGGACAGCUGGAUGGGAUUACAUCACCGAUCUGUUCAGAUUGAUGGAGUAUGCAAUACUUAGUCUUCGACAGCGAAACCCUGUCAAACAUGUCAUUGCCGUUUACUGCGACCGGCCGUCCCCAAAGGCAUUGCUCGAGAGUCUGGAUCAACUGAAAGCGAGCAAACCUUUUAUACUCCGCAUCCUUUCGCAGUCACACGAUGAUCUCCAGAGCAACCGAUGCAAGUUCAUGAAGGUUCAAAUAACUUGCACUGAGGCACUGGUGAAUAUCAUGGGUCUGCUUCAUUGUCAGGCCCCAGUUGAUGAGGUCAUCAAAGUGGCAGAAGAGUUCCUUAAUGAGAUCACUGAGGCUUCUCUCAUCAUGUUCAAAGUUGCAAGUAGUCAGAUCGUUCACCAACUUCUUGGCGUUGGUCAUAUGGUGUAUAAUGCGUUUCUGUAUGAUGAGAACCAGUCUCAAUUUGCUGUAGGGCGGCUCGUUACGUAUCUGGAGGACAUUGUCAAGAACUUGGAACAGGAUAUUCCCACGGCGACCGAGGCAAGAGAACAAUUGCGAAAGCUGGCAAAAUGUAUUACAUAG